CCCCGCCCCGCCCCGACCGCCCACCAUCCCGUCUCCAGGACGUGCUGGCUGCGCGGCUCCCAGACCCCUUCGCGGUUGGAGGGUUCCCGGACGACCCGAAGCGUACGGUUAUCCGUCGGAAGCUGGCGGAGGCCGGUCCACGGGGGAGAGAGCAGCAGAGCGUAGCAGAGCCUGCCCUGCACGCCCAGGGAGAAGUAGGAAGGAGGCAGAGUUAGGUGAGGGAGCGCGGAGCCAGUGAGCUUGGGGUCCGACUCCAGCCCCGGUUCAGGACCCAGACUGGUCCGCCAGGCCCCAAGCCGGUGUUACAACCCGCAUCUGUAGAGGACAGAGCGGACACAGGGACGGACCGGAUACGGGCAUAUGGCUUCUCCGUUCCUGUCCGCGGGAGCCACCACGGGCGACAGCAGCGGAGAGAUGAGCUCUGGGGACGACUCCGGGGAUGUGGAUUCCCUCCAGAGCCCCGAGACCGAGGCGUCCAGGAGACUGGCAGAGCAGUUUGAGAAGGCUGCAGCGCACCUCCAAGGCCUGAUUCACGUGGCCAGCAGGGAGCAGCUUUUGUACCUGUAUGCCAGGUACAAGCAGGUCAAAGUUGGAAAUUGCAAUACUGCUAAACCAAGCUUCUUUGAUUUUGAAGGAAAGCAAAAAUGGUAAGAAAUUCUUG